GGAUAAGUUGGAUAAAGCGCUCGAACUGAAGAUUUGAGUAGAAAUCCCUUAAAUCUCACAAUCCGCUCCCUGAAUCCAGCCUAUGGACGAUUGAGUUUUACUCAAGCCAAAGAACACCCAAAUCUUUGCAAUCGCUGAGUUCUUUCGGAAAGAUGCAGGGAAGUCCCUCUAUUGCUCCGAUUCGUCAAGGUAAAACUCUUCCUCCCUCGCUUAAGUUUAACCCAUUGUUAGCACCAUCUCUUGGUUAUGUAUCCUUGUCUCACUCCCAAAUUUCAAGACACGCUUUUGACCCUCAUGUUGUUGCAACUACGAACCGAACCCAGAUACAGGAAUUACUGUCGGAAAAAUCCAAAUUGGGUUUUGCUAAACUGGACGAUGCUCUCAGUGUAUUCCAUCGAAUGGCUCGAAUUCGACAUGGGUUUUCGGCAAUCAAUUUUAAUCAGCUGUUAACUGCUAUUGCCAAAAUGAAGCACUAUUCGACUGUCAUUUCUCUAUAUAAAGAAAUCUGUGCGGUUGGUAUUCCAGUUGAUGACCGGACCUUGAGUAUUUUAGUUAAUUGUUUUUGCCGUUUGAAUCAAAUCGAAUAUGGGUUUGCUAUCUUGGGUAUCUUCUACAAAUGUGGUUAUGUCCCUGGGGUAGGUACCUUCAACACUCUAAUCAAUGGGUAUGUUUUAGGAGAUAAAAUUGAUGAGGCUGUGGAAUUGUUUGGAAGGCUGAUUAAAAAAGGAGACAUAAAACCUGACGAAAUUACAUACGGGACAGUCAUAAAAGGGCUUUGUAAAGUAGGAAACAUUGAAAUGGCUGUACGGUUGCUCAGAAGUAUGCAAAAAAGGAGAUAUAGGCUCACUGUUGAGAUGUAUAGCACAAUCAUCAACCACCUUUGUAAGGACGGAAAUGUGGAUGAUGCUUUGAGGUUUUUAUCAGAGAUGAGAGAGUGGGAUGUUAUGCCAAACGUGUUCACCUACAACUCUUUGAUUCAUGGCUUAUGCAACUCAGGUCGAUGGAAGGAUGCCACUAGAACGUUGAGAGAGAUGACAGGGAAAAACGUUCUUCCAGAUGUUGUAACAUUUAAUACGUUGGUAGGUGCACUUUGCAAGGAGGGAAUGACAAAAGAAGCAGAGUGCAUACUCGACAUCAUGAUUGAAAGAGGUGCGAAACCCAGUGUUCUCACUUUUAAUGCACUAAUUGGCGGGAUUUGUUUGCAAGGGCGCAUGGACAAAGCAAAAGAAGUGUUCAACUCCAUGGUGGAUAUGGGCAUUGAGCCUAACAUCUAUAGUUAUAACAUACUGAUCAAUGGAUACUGCCAGAGGAUGAAAAUAGACGAGGCCAUGGAUCUCUUCCGAGAAAUGCCUUGUAAAGGUUUAAAACCUGCUACAGACACUUAUAAUACUUUGCUAAAGGGGUUGUUAAAAAAUGGGAGAUGUGAUGUAGCAGAUAGUAUUUUCCACGAGAUGAUAUGUAGCGGUCAAAAUCCCAACAUUUUAACUUACUCAGUCUUGGUAGAUGGAUUCUUUAAGAACCAUCAAGUUGUCAAGGCAAUGGUGGUCUUUAGCUUGAUGGAAGAUCACAGCGUAGUUCCUAAUAUUGGAGUUUAUAAUAUCCUCGUAAAUGGUUUGUGCAAAGCUGGAAAAAUCGAAGAUGCUUGGAAACUUUUUGGUUCCUUUUCGUCCAAAGGUUUGAAACCUGAUGUUAAGACUUACACUGCAAUGAUCGGUGGACUUUGUGACACGGCCUUGGUGGACAAAGCUGAGAAGUUACUUCUGCUAAUGGAAAAAGAUGAGUGUCCCCCAAAUUCCUUCACUUACAAUGUGAUUGUGAGGGCAUAUCUUGAAAGGGGUGACAAACACAAGGUUAUGGUAGUUAUGCAAGAAAUGAUCAAGAAGAGUUUCUCACCUGAUACACGUACCAUGUCCAUGUUAAUGGAUUCCCUCACAGUUGAUGUUGAGGGCUGCAAAAUGUUUGAAAUGAUUCAGAAACUUACGCCAAGGUAGUAUCCAGAACUGUUAUCCAAUAUACGGCUUGACCCUGUGACGAACUUCUUAUGAGGUAUGACUAACAGCUCACAUUUAUCUUAUGAAAUCUUAACCACCAAUUGUUCCACCCUUUCUCUCCAAACUUGCAGUUCCGGGUGCAAGGGAGGAAGUUUUAUCUCCAAAGUGAAAGUGGAUAAUAUUCUAUACCAAGGGUGGUAGCCUAGUCGUCCAUGGCUUACUCCCAAGUGGUUUAGGUGGUCAAGAGAUCCAAGGUUCGAGUUGUGCUAAUGAAGGCCUCUUGAACUUUUCCCUCCGGCGAAGCUUGGCUAUGUUCUAUUAGUCGGGCAAUAGUUGUUAUGGCUCUUGGGUUCCUUCUGAGCCUGUUGCGGAUCUGGAGUCUCUAUGGUCACACCAACUUCAAAUUUCACGCGGGAAAGGGUGGGGCUGGGUUGCUGGUUGAGAUUGGACUGGUUGAAUGUAGUGGUGGUCAAGACAGGGGAGGGGCAAAAGGGUGGUGUUGGUGGCUAUUGUUUUGCUUGCGAAAGAAGAAAAGAAAAAGGGGAUACAGAGAGGUGGUUGAACCAGGUUAUGAUAACUAUAGGAGGAGGCGCGGCCCGACCUUUUAGAGGCCCAAGGCAAAAUACUCAAUAGUAGUUUGUUCGACAUGUAAAAAUUGAGUAAGCCAAAUUAUGUGAAUAGAGUUUUGUGUACGAAAUUUCGUUCGGCCUUUUGUGAUCUUCUUGUUUUAAAUCAAAACAUCCAUGAUUAUAACUCAAAACUUGACAUGUAUUGUUUCGUC